AUGUUUUCGGUGGUUGAGCUAAAAUAUUUUGGAGAUCAACGAGCAACAUUUAAAAUCUUAAAACCAUGGUGGGAUGUUUUCACAGAUUAUUUAACCAUUUUGAUGCUUAUGGUUGCAGUUUAUGGAGGCACUUUGCAGAUAUCAACAGACAAGAUCAUCUGUGUACCUGUGCCAGAAGGUUUCUUGAUGACUACCAUGCAAUGGAACAAAAGUGCUCUCAAAGGUCGUAAAUUAAAUAGUUUCCAUUCUGGAUUUAAGACUGACCUAGACCGUGAACAGUACAAUUUAAUGGAUCAGUAUUGUUAUGAUCAUGCAAUUCAGUGGUAUUCCAAGUAUUUCCCUUACAUUGCUAUCAUUCACACACUUAUAUUCUUGAUCAGCAGUAAUUUCUGGUUCAAAUUUCCAGGAACAAGUUCCAAAAUUGAACACUUCAUAUCAAUCCUAGGAAAAUGUUUAGAUUCCCAGUGGACCACUAAGGCACUUUCGGAAACUGUUUAUGAGGAUUCUGAUCUACAGAUUCCACAAAGAACAGUGUUAUCAAAUGAACCAUCUAUAUCUUGCUCUUUAAACCACCAACAAUCUUCUGAAACUGCCCUCUUAUUAGGAGACAAAGAAAUCAGUAAUGACAAAAUCUGUGAGAAUGAAGCACAAGCCUCUCUGUGUAAGCCUCCAUCUAAGACUUUUAAGACAGUCGGGGGCGGUGUUUAUGGCCACACCGCAGUGAAAAUCUUGGACAAAAAGGAAGGAGAACAAGCAAAGGCGUUGUUUGAAAAGGUCAAAAAGUUUCGUCUUCACACUGAAGAAGGUCAUAUUCUUUAUAUGAUGUACAUAAGACAGACUGUUUUACGUUGUGUUCAAACAAUUUUCAUCCUAGCCUACUUUGUAACUCGGAUUCCUCAAAUGAAACAUAUUGUCCACUGUGUAGACAAAAUUCACAUUACAGGCUUCACAGAAUUUUUCUGCAUCCAUGGCCUUUGGAGGAUAUUCAGGAUGUUGUCCAUUGUGUAUGUCGUGGUUAUCUUCAUUUAUUUUAUAACGUGCAUCUACACACUGUACUGGAUUUUUUACUUCAAACUUAAGGAAUAUUCUUUUGCAUAUGUCCGAGAAGAAACUGGGAUUGAUGAUAUACCAGAUGUGAAGAAUGACUUUGCAUUUUUGCUGCACCUUAUUGACCAGUAUGAUAAAUUGUAUGCCAGGAAGUUUGCCGUCUUCCUGUCUGACGUCAGUGAAAACAAACUCCGCCAACUGAACUUGAGUUACGAAUGGACACGUGAGAAGCUUCAACAACGUAUAGUUACUAACGAAGACAACAAAAUUGAAUUACAUCUCUUCAUGCUGCCUGGUAUUCCUAAUAGUGUUUAUGAUAUUUAUAACCUGGAAGUAUUAAAGCUUGAAUUUAUUAAAGACACCUCAAUUAGUGCAGCCAUCUCACAGCAAACCUCACUUCAAGAACUGUGGGUGUACAACUGUACGAUAAAAGUAGAAAACCGAGCACUUGCAUUUUUAAAAGAUACAAUAACCAUUUUAAGAGUACGGUUUGCGAAUGCUUAUGAAAUACCACAAUGGAUGUAUUGUCUUAAGAAUCUUCGUGUAUUGUAUCUUGAAGGCAAUUUGUUAAUUGAUAACAAAUCUUCUCUCGUCCUGCAGUCACUUUGUGACUUAGAACGGCUUAGAUCUUUACAUUUAAAAUCAAAUGUCACCAAAAUACCUGCAGCAGUCAUUGAUGUUGCCCACCAUCUUCAGCACCUAACUAUUGACAAUCAGGGCAAAAGGUUCAUCACUCUCAAUAGCCUUCGAAAGAUGCUUUGCCUGUCCGUUUUAAAGCUAUACAGCUGUGAUCUGGAGCAAAUCCCAAGUGCCAUAUUUAGCCUGAGCAAUCUCCAAGAAUUAGAUCUUAAAGACAACAACCUGAGGACCUUAGAAGAGUUAGCUAGUUUCCAACAUCUCCGCAAACUCACCACGUUGAAGCUUCAUUACAACAAAAUUGCACAGAUUCCAGUGUACAUUGCCAAAGCCAGCUCACUCGAAAUGCUGUAUUUAACGAACAACAGCAUUAGUUUUCUUCCAUCCAAUCUGUUUAAGCUCACUAGGCUACAACAUCUGGAUGUUGGUCAUAAUAACAUUACACGCAUUCCUCCUGAGAUAGAUCAACUGGCGGAUCUUCAUUACUUCAAUAUUGAGAGUAACAAAGUGUCCAAAUUACCCUUGGAAUUGUUUUAUUGUACAAAGCUUCGAGUGUUAAUACUUUCAGAUAAUCUUUUGACAUACAUUCCACCUAAGGUGAAAAAUCUGAUACAGCUGCGCCAACUAGAGCUAAAAGGGAAUAAACUGCAGUAUUUGCCACCUGAACUGGGGAAGUGUCAGUGUCUGAAGAGAAGUCAGCUGAAUGUGGAAGAGGAUGUUUUCAACACACUGCCAUAUGAAGUCAGAGAAGAAUUUAUAAGCAGAGAAUCUAAGUGAACUGCAAGUAUAUUUCAAUACUGUCUUUAAAAGGACUGCCACAGUAGCGUAGCAGUUAAAGCAACACUCUUACAGCUCAGGGCAUUGGAGUACAGAGUGUCUGUAAGAAGUUUGUAUGCCUUCCCUGUGAACGCGCGAGUUUCCUCAAAGUGCUCUGCUUUCCUCCUACAUUCCAAAGACAUAUCAGUUAGUAGGUUAACUGGUCAUUUUAAAUUGCCCUGUGAUUAGGCUGGGGUAAAAUAAGUGGGUUGCUGUGUGGUGCAACUCAGUGGGCCGGAAGGACCCCUUCUUGUAUU